AUGGUGCAGUUGAGAGAAAACUGUUCUGAUCCUCCUCCUUCAAAAUUACAGGUAUCACUUGUGCAGACUGGAGACUACAGAAGCACUACAGUGGAGCUAAAGUUUAUUUUCCCCACUCCGCCGACAAACCACCCGGAUAAUUCCUUGGAAUAGAUUAUGUCCACUGCGUGAGCGCACUGCCCUUUACUCCGCAACUUCCAUCCAUCUGCAGUUCACUCCACUCUGCGUGGAUCAUGUGGAUUAUCGUGGCUUUUCUCCUGACUGCGGCUGGUCCCGAGUGGAGUGAAGGGUGCCAGCUGCCCCACGACUGGAGACCCCAGACGGAGGCGUGUCGUGCUGAGCUAGCCGAGAUCAUCGUGUUUGCAAAGGUGUUGGCGCUGCAUAAGGAGCCCUACAACUAUCUGCCAUGGCAGAGCCCCACUGACCUGCUCUACUUGGCCGAGAUCGAGCUGCUGUGUGACCAGGCGUGGGGAAGCAUGCUGGAGGUCCCUGCGGGCUCCAGGUUUAACGUGACCGGCCUGGGCUACUUCUCCUGCUUCUCCUACAGUGUCACCCGAAACAACAAUUAUUACUUCUUCCUGAAGAUGGAUGAAAACUACAAUAUGGUCCCCCAUGGAGUGAACUUCCAAGAUGCCAUCUUCCCGGAUACGGCGGACAACCAUCGCCUUUUUGCCAGCCUAUUCCAGUUUGCCAACUGCACACCUGGUACUCAGGUCCACAGCUAUACCCCCGAGUGGGAGGCUCAGGAGGACAGCAGGUUUUUGUGCUCCACGGUGCAGAAAGCUCUGUUCGAGGAGGAGGAGAAAGUGAGCACGCUCUCUCAGAAGGUGCGUUCGCUGGAGAAGGCCAACGGCCACCUGAGGGAAAAGGUGAAGACCAUGAAACGUCUGCUGCGCCAGGCCCAACGAGAGACUGCCAAGGAGAAACAAACACUCACCCUUAAGCAGCUGUACGAGUCAAAGACGUCCCGAACGCACCCACAUCAGGACACCACCCAAGACCAGAAGGAGCCUCCCCUCAAGAGGGCGCUGUCAAAAACGUUAAACAAGUAGAGCUAACUUCAGCACGUGCUAAUGAUGCUAAGUGUCUUUCAUUAAAUUAUCUAUCUUAACAUGCUUAUUGCAUAAAAAUCCCCAUUUAGCAACUUUAUAAGCCGUCCACUAUGAAAAGCUUUUGACUCAGUGAUAUCAGAAAGAGUCCUAAAAAAAUUAUUCAAUAUGAACAUUGACAUAACUUCCAACUGCCACACACUGGGGCAGGGUCCACAGUCGGAUAUGAUGGUGUGGGCAGUGUGAUUGUUUGUUUUUGGGGACUGUUUAAUACAUCUGAGGGGGGGGGGACGAUUUGUCUGAGUGGUAUCACAAUAAAAUUAAAAAGCUUCUCAUUUGCAGUGAUAAAUUGCAGCGAAAAGGAUGUCAUAGGAGAGCAUAUGAUUUGAUUUGAGUAAAACAUAAAUAUUUGGGUAAAGUGUGUGUCAAUUUUGCCAAAAGUAGUUACUCACUUAUGUGUAUUUGGUUAUUUUAUGGGUCAUGACAGUAUGCUGGUCAUGCAAAUCAGUUGUUAACAAAAAAAGAAAAAAAAGAAAUGUAUGAUGCUUGGAAGUUCAUGUUGACAGUAGCCCACAUGAUGCUUUGUUUUCUUUUUUUACUUAUUUUAUUUUUGAAACUUCUUUAUGUUGAACUUAUAUAAGAAAACCCAUUUUUCAAGUGUACCCACAUGUGUCAAUUUUGUUUUGUAAAAGACGGGUGCUGAGCAUCUAUUCAUUUGAAACAGUUAAAGUCAAAGACUGGCUUCCUAUAAGUCACAAAUUACAGUUUGUCACUUCAAAUAGAUAUUUUUAGCCUUUCUGUUUUGUUUUGCGGUUGGCCUUGCAGCCAGUAAAAUUAUUGGUGCACAUUACUCCCGCUUUCAUUGUUUAAAUGAAUAAAUCAGUUUUAACGCCG